AUGAUCUUGAAGCGAGUUGAAGGACAUACGCAGAGCAUAUUCCUACAACUCAUGAGACAUUUGGAUUGCACACAUCCCCCGGAUAGAGUGCCGUUUUGUUGUAUCCCAGUGCAGCUUCAGUAUAAACCAUCGGUCUCACGUCUUCUCCUCGACCGGGCAGCUGUCCGCGAAAUUGCAUCGAAAUCGACGUGGGCCAGAUUGCGAGCAUGGGUAAAUGACCAUCAAACCGUUGCCGGACGUUCACUUUCCGACAUAGAAUCAAAACUACUCGAUGCAUUGGCCUCCGUGCUCGGAAUAGAGGCACGAGAGAUUAGCCCAGAUGACGAGUUUGUAGCCCUUGGCUGUGACUCUCUGAUGGCAAUGCAGUUCGUCGCAAAGUGCAAUCAGGAGACUAUAAUGGUAACAGUCCCUGAUGUCUUCGAAGCCAAGUGUAUUGCUGGCCUUGCUGCAAAACUUGCAACUUUGUCUGCUCCAAUGCUGCCCGACAUAAAUCCUGUCUCUGGUUCUCAAUCACCUUUUGACAAUUUAGAUUCAUUCCAGCGGGAUGUGGAAGGUAUCAGUAACCUAACUAACUCAGGAAAGAUCAAUGACGUCUUUCCAUGUACCUCUGCUCACCGCGCUCUGUUCGACAAAGACGCCCAGUUGAGAGCAUACACAAUCUGGGAGGCCUCAAACUCCAAGCCCAUUGAUCCUCACGCUCUGGCGGAGUCAUUCAGGCGAGUCGUACAGCGGCACUCGGCUUUGAGAACUAUCCUUAUGCCCAGCCGCUCUCAUCCGUCUGAGAUCUUCCAUGUUGUGCUGGAAGAUACACCAAUUGAUGUGGAUGUCGUUGUGAAUGUUAACGACGACGAUCUCGAUAUGCUUCGCCAGCCCUCCCUGCUCCAUUCCAGCGACGAAAUCCCCUACAGGUUCACUAUCUAUCGAACCUCGUCCGGUCGCGUACUUUGCAAGUUGGAAGGUAGAUACGCUGUUCUAGAUGCGACAUCCGUGCUGAUUCUGCUGCGGGAGCUUGGGACUGCUUACCACAGUGGCGCGAUGCUAUACCAGGGCCCUUCAUAUCGAUCAUGGGCUGCAUAUAUGCACCAGUGGAAUCAGGAUCCAGCACAUAUCGAGUUCUGGAAGCGAUAUCUGACCGGCGCACGACCGUGCUUUUUACCGGCUCGGACCCCGGACGACAACGUUCCACCCCGGAAAGAGCUGAGAACAUACAUACGUGAUCUGCUGCCAACCCUUCUACUUCGGGAGUUCUGUGAUCGACAGAAUAUCAGCAUUACGAAUGCCCUCCAAUUUGCUUGGGCACUUGUUCUUAGCAAAUACACCGCUUCCACAGACAUUGUCUUUGGUACAUUGGUGUCCGGUCGCGACGCCCCUGUGCCCGACGUGAACCGUAUCGUGGGCUCACUGUUCAAUCUUGUUGUCUGUCGAUUCUCGCUUGGCGAACAACAAUCAAUUGGCCAGAUGCUGCAGCAGAACCAGCAAUCAUUGCAUAAUAGGAUGACCCAUCAACACUGCUCGUUGAAAGAGGUUAUGCGGACAUGCGGUACCGAGACAGCCCUGUUUAACACAUGUCUUUCGGUUGAGCAGCCCCUGUCCAGUGAUACCGGUAUCCGGUUCUCGGAGAUUGAGACACAUGAGGAAACAGGGUACGACUUGGUUGUGAUGGUCACUGUCUCGGAAAAUCUUCGGAUUAAUUUAACCCACUGGUCGACUUUUCUCAACGAGCCCGAGGCGGCAGAGAUUGCUGGGCUGUUCCAAGAGUCAAUAAAAGUGAUCCUGGCUGGUUGUCUUUGA